AAGCACGGCGGCACGGCAAGCACCGACUGCGCUGCGGAGAUACAAAAUAAGGAAACACUGCCAUGGAUGAGGCAACAAAUGGUGACAGAGACGGCAAAGAAGAUGACGGCGAGAACCCCGCCACCACCCAGUGCGGUGUGUUCUACUGCGACGUAUGUGGAGACACGUUCCCAACGGCUGCACAUCUGGAUCAGCAUUCCCAGACCUCGCACAAAGAGAAACGGGAAGGCAAGCACCAGUGCUCUUACUGCCCCUACACCAGUUACAAUAAGACCAACAUAACCAGGCACGAGUGGACCCACACGGGCGAGUGCCCAUUUGCCUGUGACAUCUGCCAGAAAGCGUUCCGCCGGGCUGAUGGACUAAAGGCACACAUGCGAACGCACGCUGCGGAGAAGCCAUUUGAGUGCAGUGAAUGCAGCCAGCGCUUCUACGGCUCACCGAACCUGCGCCGACACAAGAAGUUGGCACACUCGGAAGAUGCACGCAAGCACGCCUGCCCCUACUGCGACAAGACGUACUCCCAGAAGGUGAACCUGCAGAACCAUCUGCCGACACACACGGGCAAGCGGCUGUACCAGUGCAGUCAGUGCCACCAGUCUUUCACUCAGCUCGCCAGGGUAAAGAAACACCAGCGCAAGGUGCACAUGGCUGCACCUACUGCAGCAAGAUCCUCGCCAACAACGUCAAGCUGAAAACGCAUUGUAAGUGCAGCGCGAAAUAGAGACGCUAACGCAGAAGAAAGGUAAGGACGCAAACAAGCCGUUGCCUUUCUUGUGUGUUUGUGUACUCAUUUAACGAUGUACUAACAAUGGAUUCAUACGAACUGGCCCAGCUGAAAUUACAGAUACAUGCAAGCCACUCUGAGGUUACAGUGGUGGGAUACAAUGGCAAUUGUGGCAUCGUUAGUAACAGUCUCGCUGAGGAUGCCACCUGCUCAGCCCAGGAGGGAACCGAGGCGUGUUCCAAUACCCCUGUCAAGGACAGAUGGCGCGAGGCCCAUUUGCCUGGUCACACCUACACAAAAACUUCGGGGAGGAACAGGUCUAUCUUGAAAUGCCUCCGUAGACUGGACCCAUCGAUGAACAAACCCAUUGCUGCAGAUUUCAUCACGUCUUUCUCGCUGGGACUCAACUUUACUGUGCUGCACCAUAGUGGUCCCUUUCAAAAAACAUGUUCCUUCCUCAUUGGAGUGUCAGACAAUCCCUUCUGCGACUGAUGCGACUGUGAACAUAUAUGUCGUGUUUGCAGUGGAUCUGCAUAUGGCUAGGUUCUGGCGGAUUGCGCCCGCGGACAAAAUGAUGUGUAGAACAACAAUUUUUCGGUGCCCCUUGCCGCCGCCAAUGCCUCUUUCACCAGUGUUGUGAUACUUAAAGUUGGCACUUCCCACCAAUUGUU